AUGACCCUCGUGCUGCAGAUCCAUGGCAGAGGGAAAAUCAGCGGCCGCCUUUGUGAUGUGAAGGAUCAAAUCAGGCUUCACUACCCGCCCGGGCCCCCCAACAUCACUGGGAUCCUGACCAGGAACGGACUCCCCGUGCCAGAUGCGUGGGGAGCUGAGGGCGACGUCGUGUCUCUGGAGACCCAGGAGGGCGACUCCCUGACCCUGAGCUGUGAGGCUGGGAGCAGAACCGAGUCCACCCUGAGCUGGGCCAGGGGGAAUGAGUCCCUGAGCCCCGGCCAGGGAGGGGCCGGGCGCCUGGAGCUGGCGAAUCUCAGCAGAGGAGAUGCUGGGGAGUAUCGGUGCUGGGCGAAGAAUUCCUACGGGUCGGCCAAACGGGCCCUGCGUGUGCACAUGCAGUCUCCCACAGGUGACCUCAGUCGGGCAUUCAUCGAAAUCAGCUGCAAACUCAUUUUCGUGGUGACUGGAUUCUUCCUGGCCUAUUACCUCACCCUGCUGUAUUACAGACGGACACCCUACAGCUGUCUUAGAAGCAGAAAGAUGGAUAGGCCGGGGGCCAGGGAAUUCACAGUGCCCGAGUCCAGCUUGUAGAUCGGGACGUACCUCAGCCAUGGAAGAGCCGACAAGGAAUUGGAAUCUCAGGGGACUGAGGAAACAGAGAAUGAGACCUCAGCUGGGGGGACUGUCACCCUGGGUGAGGCCAACGGGCCCGUUUAGCCCAGUACCUGGCCCCCUCCCUACCCCUCCAGCUCAGACCCAUGGGCCUGGGAAGCACGUGGAAGGUGCUCGUAAUAUUUAUAUGAGCAGUAGAUGAUCUGUUUGUUGCCCUGAUGGUUAUGACCAGUGCCGGCCUUAGGGAAAAUGGCACCCUGGGCGAACUUGUAUUUUGCCCCCCAUCACUCCUGGCCCCCACGGGCUCCCCCCCAUCACCGCUGGGCCCCGUUGGUGUUUAAUUUGUAUUGAAAGAGAUGCCAGAGCUCAGCUGUGACUCAAAUUAAGCCCUGGCAGGGCGGCCUGAUACUGGCAGGGGCUGGUUGGGCACAAGCUCUGAAGGCAACGCCAGCUCCAGCAGCAGCGCAGAAGUUGGGGGGCCUGGAACAUGGGAUUUUGCCACUCUCCUGUGCUGCUGCUGGGCCUUGUGGUUCCUGAUGCUCGGCAUGUGGCUCAAGGCUUCGCGCUGUCACACGUGGGCUGCAUCUCGCCAGAGCCCACGGCCUCCUGCAGCCCCCUGGCCACUCCUGUCUCAACCGGGGUGGGGGCACCAGUUCAGAUUUGGGGCGGGAGAGGAAACUUUAACCAUGAUUCCAGGGACUACUUAGGCACCUGAAAACUCUCGGUUUUUUUCAGAUAAUAACUUAGGGAUUCGCUGACAGGAGCUCUAUAUCUAAUUGUUAUAUAAGGAAAGAAACAAUAUAUACAAAAGCCAAUUAAAGCCACAUUUAAAGCUUAUAUAUAAAUUUAGAACAAUCAGGAGAUAAUAGAGCAAGAUAUUCCCAAUCCCAAACUAUGAGGUAUCAGUUCUGGAACUUUAACGCAGAUAUCAGAGACACACAUUUGAUACACUAUCUUUAGUAGAGAUUAAAAUUUCUCUAACAGACACACUGUGUUGCUGCCAUUAUCUCCUCUAUUUUAUUCAAUUAUUUUUUAACUAAAAACAUAAUUUCAACAUAUGUGAUUAAGAUUUUUUUUCUCUUGUAUUAAGAAAGGGAAUUAAUUUUUUAAAUUCUUUUGGCAUUUCUGUUUACCGACCACAAUCAUGUAUGUGACUCACUAACAUUUGACUCCAUCGUUGCUAUUGGUAUCAUAGUUGGAACUGCAGUUAUUUUCAUGCAAAUGUUAAAUUAAUUUACAGGUAUAACUAAAAAUACAAUUUGAAAAUAAACAACCUUCAUCUGCGCAGUGUCUAUAGUUCUGUGUUUAGCUAAUGUUUAUUAAACUGGCAUUACUAAAGUGAGUACAAGCUAAACUUCCAUUCUAG